AUGUUCAACAACAUAGCGAGAUCCAAAAAUAGUCUACAGCUAAUAUUUAAUCGUUUUAAACAUGAAUACGCUCCAAGAUUUAGAGAAGUGGAAAAAACUCAAAAAGGAAGGGUUUCAGUAAGAACCGGUGGAUCAAUAAAAGGUAACACACUAGAGUUUGGUAAAAUUGGAUUACGUUUAAAAUCGUGUGGAUUGAGGAUGAGUGCCAACCAAUUAUUAGCAGCUGAUAAAGUGUUGAGAAGAGAGCUAAGACCAACGAAAUCGAAAUUGUUUACUAGAUUUGUAUGUGAUUUAGCUGUUUGUAUAAAAGGAAAUCAAACCAGAAUGGGUAAAGGUAAAGGACCAUUUGAUCAUUGGGCCACUAGAAUGCCAACAGGAAAAGUAUUAUUCGAAAUUGAUGGAACUAUACAUGAUAAAGUAGCAAGAGAAGCUUUAAGAAAAGCUGCGGAUAAAUUGCCGGGUUUGUAUGAAAUAAUAACUCCAGAAUCAAAAGUUCGAGUCAGUAUGACAGACUUGGUGGAUAAACCAAAACCGGUUGAUUAUGUUGCAAAAUUGAAUGCAAACCCAAAUAAAAAAUGGUCAAAUAUUCAAACUUACAAGACUGAUCCUAUGUAUAAAUUAUAUAGCGGAAGAUGA